AUGGGUCUUGCUGCAUCAGCGGUAGAAAAGGCAACUGUGGACGGGCUGGUCCGCGUCCUAGAUAAAACUGAAUAUAAAGGCAGCCAUCAUGCAAAAACAUAUCGGCAAGUGCGGCUUGCGUUAGAACAACUGAACACUGAAGCUGAAGUCGUCCAAGCUAUACAAGACAGCAUUAAGGAAGCUGAGAAGGAUGAUGAAAAGAAUCAGAAGGGAAGAUGUGCCCAGAUGGGUAUUCUUGCCACCCCAGCUACAAAAGGGCCGUAUGAUGACCUCAUUCCCCCCUUCUGUCCCGACGAAGAGGUUGGUGGAGCUGCUCAGACAGGACCAAGUGCCCCUCCAAUGGAGGUAGACCCAUCCACUGUGCCCUUGCUGUCCGAGAAUCCAGAUAUACAAGUUGCUAAAAGGGUUAGAGAACUGUCCGGACACAUGCAGGAAUUAUUGAGCGAAUUGCAGAGGCUUGAUCCAGGCUCCAACAAACGGCGAAUUGAAGAGGCAUAUAAGAAAGCUUUGGAAGCUAUAAAAGAAGGACUAGAGAAUUUGAUCGAGGCGUGUGACCGAGCCCCCCUUGAGGAGGAGAAGAUAAAGGCAAAGAUCCAUGCUAGUGCUAUGGCAGUCGCGCUAAAGCAAAUGCCUACCCAGGGACGAGGAGGUCGAGGACCAAAUUGUUUUGCUUGCGGGCAACCAGAAGCCUUCGAAAUUGUAGUGCGGCAUGCAAGAAACUUCACCAACAGCAUGUUCAGGACCUACUACCAGAGCAUGGGGCCCAAGGCUCUUAAAUUUGUUGGAGAACUUUUUACUGAUAUCUCCCUGUACAUACUGGGUUCUGACAUCAGUGUCAAUGACAUGAUAAAUGAAUUUUUUGACAGUUUAUUCCCUUUGGUUUACUCUCACUUGAUUAAUCCUGGAUCCCCCGAUCCCUCUGUGGAAAUGACCGAGUGUCUGCGGGCGGCCAGGAGAGACCUCAAAGUCUUUGGGAGCUACCCAAAGACCAUGAUGACACAGGUGUCCAAGUCCCUGCAGGCCACACGAGUCUUUCUGCAGGCUCUGAACCUGGGCAUCGAGGUGAUAAACACUACUGACCACCUGAAAUUCAGCAAGGACUGCGGGCGGGCGCUGCUGAGGAUGUGGUACUGCUCCCACUGCCAGGGGCUGCUGCUGGCCAAGCCCUGUGCCAGCUACUGUGGGGCCGUGAUGCAGGGGUGCCUGGCGGGCGUCCUGGAGAUCCACAGCCUCUGGAAGGAGUACAUUGGGUCUCUGGAGGGGCUGACCAGAGGCAUGCAUGGCACCUAUGACAUGGAGCACGUCCUGCUGAGCCUGUUCUCCGUGGUGCGCGAUGCCGUCGUCCACGCGCAGAAGAACGAAGGGAAGCUCUCCACUGCUAUCAGCCGGCUGUGUGGCCACGCUCAGCAGAGGCAGGUCCGAUCAGCUAACUAUCCAGAAGACCUUUUCAUUGACAAGAAAGUCCUGAAAGUGACUCACAUUGAGCAAGAAGAAACUUUGUCAAGCAGAAGGAGGGAACUGAUUGCAAAGCUGAAGUCCCACAGCAGUUUCUACAGCAGCUUGCCAGAGUACAUCUGCAACCACAGCUCUGCUGUUCAGAAUGACACCCUUUGCUGGAAUGGACAAGAGCUCGUGGAGAGGUACAGUCCCCAGACCACAAGGAAUGGAGCAAAAGCCCAGGCUGGCAACCACGAGGUGAAGGUGAAAGGUCCAGAGCCAGUGAUCAGCCAGAUCAUUGACAAGCUGAAACACAUCAACCAGCUGCUCAGAGGGAUGACUCUGCCCCGUCCAAAAGCUGCAGGAAAAACCACGGAGGAGGAGGAGGAGGAGAGCGGAGACUGCGACGAUGAGGAUGAGUGUGGCCGAGGCUCUGGGGAUGGGGAGCUGCGAGUGAGGAACCAGCUGCGCUUCUUAGCAGAGCUGGCCUAUGACCUGGAUAUGGAUGACAUCUCUGCAAAUAAGCAGCUCCUGAACCAGCAAAGCAAAGAUGGUGCUGCAGUCCCCAGCAGCCACCCUGGGAGUGCAGCCACCCACCCCAGGCCUGCUGCUGGCAUCGCCCUGGUCCUCCCUCUGCUGCUGGGCCACCAGCCAUGAGCAGUUCUGGUGCCAUCACUCUGUGUCUCUCCAUGCCUUUUUUUUGGUGAGGAAGAUAUUUGGAACCUCUUCUGAAAUAUAUGCACAUGUCCAAAAACAGGACAGAUGACCUGAGUCAGUUUUUCAAGACUCUCCACAGGAAAAAAAGCCCAAUCAAAAAAGUGUUGGUUCAUGGCAACUAGUAAAUAUCUAACAAUGCUUUUUAAAGAUAAUCCUGUUUAAUAUAAGCAGGUUCAUAUUAAAUUGUGUUCCUUGCAGUUUUUGAACACUGAGGUCUCCCUUGCUGUUAAGGUGAAGACCAUAUUUCAUUUUGAGUUGUUCGAACAUGCAUGGGGUACAGAACACCUAUGGUUUAUGGAACACUCUCAGCAAAUAUACCCCUGAUCCUAGUUGACUUAAUUCAGAUUUUUUUCUGUAGUUCAAGCAGGUUUUGUACUUACUCCAAAUUGAAGUCUCCCCCCUGGGAAUCUGGUCAGGACAUAACAGAGAGCAUGUGAAGACAGGGGAGAGAGAAGAUGAGACACACAGCAGGAGGGAAGAUGCUGUGGAAGAGAAGCUGUCAUGCACUGGGAUUGUGGAGAUGUGCUCCCCUGGGCACAAAGCCCACCUGCAUCAUGACAAGUUGCAGGUGAUUUUGCUGCUCACCUCCCAGCCAGGUCCUGAAGCCCUUCAGUGCAGGUGGCUGAUCCCCACCAGCAUCCUUGUGGCACAUGCAACAACCUGGUUUCAUUCUUCAGAAGUGAAGCACCUGCUUUCCCACGGGAAACCUGCAGACACAGCUCCAGCCAAGGACAGACGGCGGGGAUGUACACGCUGUGCUUUGCAGGGUAGCAAUGACUGCCCAACGUGUUGUGCUAUGAAAGGGGAAAAGAAGAGGAUUUACAGCAGCCUGAGGCAGAUGAGACUCUUACUCAUGUGUUUCUUUGCAUGUUCCUUUACGUAAGCUAUC